UCACAGGGCUCUACAAGUCAGUCCCACACACAGAUACACACCAUACACACUACUAUAGAUCCUCACUCUAUGUAUGGUCAACGUGUUUUGAGUCAUAACCGAACCAUUUGUCCUGCUUCACCCCCGUCGACGCAGUUGGUGUCUCCGGGGCUGACGUUGAUGCCCCUGGCGUUGCUGCUCCCGAUGGCUGCUGUUCCUGCUUUGGUGGUGGUGGUUCCGUCCUGUCAGUUUGUGUGGUGGCCACAUGGUCCUUGUCCUUCUCGUCUCCCGUAGCGGGGUUGUUGCUGCUAUCACCCACACCCGCCUUCACACCAGUGGGCUCGUCGCUCUCCGCCUUCUUGUCCUCCUUGUCCUCCUUGUCCUUCUUGCUAGACUCGCCUCCGCCUUCAGCUUGUUUUUCUUUUUUGGGCCCAAAGACUCUCUUAAAUGCAUUCUUGAUUCUUGUCCCAAGGCAUAGCUCUUCGGGGCUCUUGUCCUCACUGCUCCCUGGCUUCUGCUCUCCUUGGGUGGGUGCGGCUGCACGAUCAUCUUGGAUCUUCUCGAUCUUCAUCUGGUACGUGAAGUUCAAUUCAAACACUUCAGGACGAUCCGCCGCAUUCGGCUCAAUCCACACGAACGUCGACCCGUAACCUGCCAGGAAACAUACAUAGCAAAGCGAAGCAAAGUAAGGCCGCGUGCUGUACACCAAGGAGAGAUGUCGAGAUUUGUGUCUGUAUGUAUCUAUGUGUGUACGCGUAGGUGGACAGAGACACACUGUCGUGAGUGAAGCGUCCCUCCCUCGCUCCGUCGUACAUGCCAUGCGUACGUACAUUUUCCCUUGGCUCCCUCCUCUCCCUGCGUGGAAUCUUUUUGGCAUCGAAAUGAGCAGCAAUCCUCAUUUGCGCUGCAGGGUGCGCCGUGAUGGCUGCAUCCAGCGGAUGGAAGACAAUGGAAGUCCCGUAUGUUUGUGGGUCUGUCUGGUGGGGCAAUCGAGUUGCAGUGUGCGGGGUAGCACACAUCCACGCGAGGCGGCAGCUGCUGGCCGUCCUCUGCAUGGGCCUCCUCGGGACUCACAGACACACCACACUUCUGACCAAUGUGGGGUGCGCCUGCGUGCAGGCCCACACAGACCGACAGACAGACAGACAGAGACAGAGAGACAAAUGGAUUGCCGAUUGUGGAUGGCUGGGAUCCAUCCAUCCAUACAUUCUUGGCUGUGUGCGAAUGCCCUGAGUGUGCGCGAGCAGCAGAUUUCGUGGCCCUUGUCUGUGUGCGGCCGGAAGCCGCCCGGCACGCAGCACGUGAACUUGACACACUUGGUGGGAUCCUGCUCGUCCACCUUAAUGCACACCGCGUUUUUGGCCCCACCCUCCUUGUGCGGAUAGCCACAGCAGAGGUUUGACUUGUCCAUCUCCUCUGCCGAGAAAGACAGGUCUGUCUGACACUCCCGGCCCUUGCUUUGGUGCUCUGCAUCAGAACCCCUCUCUGAGAGCGAGACAGACAGACAGAAGCCGGUGGGCCUUCGGGGGAAGAUGAUGGCUCGUUUCUGCUUUCACCAGCCUGCUGUUGCUGCUCCGCUGCCGACGUGUCGCUGCCGCCUUUCAUUUGCAGAUUGGUGUCUGUCCUGAAGCUGAACUUGUACCCCUCAAGCUGAGGUGGACUAGCCUCGUUCUCCGUCACGAACACGCUGGUGUCUCCAACACCUUACGGACGAGACAGAAAGAUGACACACACGUAGAUGCAUACAAUAUGUAGAUGCAUACGCACGCACACACGACGUAUCGAUGUAGAUCGUCUAUGUGUGCAGUCGGCCGCGUGCCUCACGUACUCACUGACAUUUUUGCUCUUUGCAGAGGAAGCUGCAGCACUCCCAGUGACGCGAGCAGCUCUGGCCGCCGUUCUUGCAACCACUUAUUGGCGCACCUGGACAGAGAGACAUGUAGACACAAAAAUACAUAUGCAAGGACAGGCAAAGCAUGCAGCCACCUCAGCCCCGGCUUGUUGCUCACAUACAGCGGUAGUCUUCCAUUGUGCAGACCCCAGCAACGCAGGAAGGAUCCCUCUUGCCCUACAGACAGGCAGACAGACACAGGACAUCCAGCCGGCCCUUGCCGCUGGCUGCGUGUGACGCGCUGGUUCGUCUGACAGCAACCUUACACACCUACCUACCGUCUUCGGAUGACACCGGUCGCCGACUGCGUGAAGGCAUUGACACGUGGAAUUGGACUUGCACUCCACUGCGCGGCUGCAGCACAUACUUUGCAAAGCGGAUGGGUCAGCUGUCUUGUCCUUGGUGAGUCUGAGCGGGUCAGAUCCUCCCGGGAGACAGCACUGGAACUCCGCACACUCCGACCCAUCUUGACCGUAUCGAAUGCACACUGCGUGUUCCUUCUUGUCGCCAUCAUCCCGGGCGAUGCAGACCUUCUCACACGGCAAUCCGCCUUCCUGGGACAUCUGCUCUUGUGUGAAAGUAGGACAAGGGCCCGGGACAUCAUGCCUCAAAGCCCGCUGCCAUUCCGCGUUCCGCCGUUCCAGUGUCCGUGACCGGCGUUUCACCAAGACCGUAGAGGCUGCCCUGUAGAAUCGCAUCCGCUGCCAGCCGGCCACGCCCAUUAUGGGGAACACCACAGCAACGUAGGUGGCCUUGAUGCAGCACAGCAGACGCAU